AUGGGCUGCGCUCCCAGCAUCCACGUCUCUCAGAGCGGGGUGAUCUACUGCCGGGACUCGGACGAGUCCAACUCCCCCCACCAGACCACCACCAUCUCCCAGGGCACCGCGGCCACGCUGCACGGCCUCUUCAUCAAGACAGAUGCGGCCGAGACCAUCCCCUCCGUCAUCACCUACCAGAACCGCCACUCGCGCAACAACUCGUGCCGCGGCCGCAAGGACAACAACAGCGGGGGGCACGUCCGCAUCGAGGCCGAGACUCAGACCAGCCACGCCAGCGUCAAGGUUUCAGCCACAGAAGAAUGUAUGGGACCUAUGAGGCUGACCAAGGAACCGAUUCAGGUGCUGCUGGUGUUCGCCAAGGAGGACAGCCAGAGCGACGCCUUCUGGUGGGCCUGCGAGCGCGCCGGGUUCAGGUGCAACAUCGCCCGCACGCCCGAGUCUGCCGUCGAGUGUUUCCUGGACAAGCACCACGAGAUAAUAGUCAUCGACGGACGUCACUCGCGCUACUUUGAGCCCGAGGUCGUCUGCCGGAUGAUCCGCGCCACGAAGCCGUCCGAACACACGGUGAUUCUCGCUGUCGUCCCACAAAGACUCCCCGACCAGGAGGAACCAUCUGUUCUCCCUCUUCUCUGCGCUGGAUUUAGCAGAAGGUUUGUGGAGAAUAGCAGCGUGUCGGCGUGCUACAAUGAACUCAUACAGAUCGAACACGGGGAGGUGCGCUGCCAGUUCAAACUCAGGGCCUGCAACUCUGUCUUCACGGCUCUGGAGCACUGCCAAGAGGCUGUGGAAAUUACCAGUGAGGAUCACAUUAUUCAGUAUGUGAACCCUGCCUUUGAGAGGAUGAUGGGAUACCACAAGGGAGAGUUGAUUGGAAAAGAACUGACCGAACUUCCCAAGAGCGAUAAGAAUAGAGCCGAUCUGCUUGAUACCAUCAACACUUGCAUCAAAAAAGGGAAAGAAUGGCAGGGCAUUUACUUCGCCAGAAAGAAGUCAGGCGACAGCAUUCAACAGCAAGUAAAGAUCCUGCCUGUCAUCGGCCAAGGAGGAAAAAUCCGACAUUUCGUAGCCAUCAAGCGAGCUCAUACCGACAACAAUAAUCAGGUCCUGAAGACGAACAAGGAAGACAGAUGCAGCGGGGACCAUUCUCAGUCAGAGUGCCAUUCACUUCGUCACAGGGACAGAAGGAAAGAUUCAAUUGAUGCCAGAUCGGUUGGUUCCCGUGGCAGUGACGCUCCUAGUUUACAGAACCGAAGAUAUUCCUCUGUGGCCAGGAUCCAUUCCAUGACAAUCGAGGCUCCCAUCACGAAGGUGAUAAACAUCAUCAACGCGGCACAGGAGAGCAGUCCGGUGACAGUGGCUGAGGCUCUGGAACGCGUCCUGGAGAUCCUGAGGACCACGGAGCUCUACUCCCCUCAGCUUGCUUCCAAAGAGGAUGACCCCCACACCAAUGACCUGGUUGGGGGGCUUAUGAGCGACGGGCUUCGGAGACUCUCUGGGAAUGAAUAUGUUUUCAGCAAAAAUAUGAGCCAGAGCCAGCUGGCCAUCCCGGUCACACUCAACGAUGUUCCUCCGUCCAUCGCCGAGAUGCUCAACGACGAGGAGCGCUGGGAGUUCAACAUCCUGGACCUGGAGGCAGCUACACAUAAACGGCCGCUCACUUACCUCGGGUUGAAGAUUUUCACCAGUUUCGGAGUGUGUGACUUCCUGAGCUGCUCGGAGGCCACGCUGCGCUCCUGGCUGCAGCUCAUGGAGGCCAACUAUCACUCCUCCAACUCCUACCACAACUCCUCACACGCUGCAGACGUCCUGCACGCCACAGCCUACUUCCUGCGCAAGGAGAGAGUCAAGAGCAGUCUUGACCAGCUGGACGAGGUGGCGGCACUAAUAGCAGCCACAGUCCACGACGUGGACCACCCGGGCAGGACCAACUCUUUCCUGUGUAACGCGGGGAGCGAGCUGGCCAUCCUUUACAACGACACGGCCGUCCUGGAGAGUCACCACGCGGCCCUCGCCUUCCAGCUCACCAUCCGUGACGGCAAGAGCAACAUCUUCAAAAACAUCGAUAGGAAUCAGUUCCGAACGCUGCGACAGGCCAUCAUCGACAUGGUGCUCGCCACAGAGAUGACCAGGCACUUUGAGCACGUCAGCAAGUUCGUCAACAGCAUUAACAAGCCAAUGGCUGCCAUCGAAGAAACCAGCAUGGGUAGCAUGAACAGCGACUGCGAGGGUCAGAGCAACAUCAGAAACUCUCCAGAGAACCGUCUGCUGAUAAAGAGGAUGCUCAUCAAGUGUGCAGAUGUGGCAAACCCCUGCAGGCCGCUGGAGCUGUGCAUCGAGUGGGCGGGCCGGAUCUCAGAGGAGUACUUUGCACAGACAGAUGAGGAGAAGCGACAAGGGCUGCCCGUGGUGAUGCCCGUGUUUGACAGAAACACCUGCAGCGUGCCCAAAUCUCAGCUCUCGUUCAUGGACUACUUCAUCACAGAUAUGUUUGACGCCUGGGAUGCCUUUGCCAGCCUCCCGAACCUGAUGGAGCACCUGUCUGAGAACUACAAGUACUGGAAGAACCUGGACGAGAUGAAGUGCAAGAGCCUGCGUCCUUCGCCGCCCUCUUGACCUCCUCCUCUCCUCUCCUCUCCUCUCCUCUGGCACCAGGGUGGGACAGUAGACGCAGCCCUGUGCUAAAACAAUUAGUAAUUUCAGGAGCGAUGUGCCGGAGCAGGGUACGGCAAGUCAGCAGGCCAGUUCAGGCCUCAGAGGGACAAGAUCACUGACGGAUGAGCACUGUGGCGCUCCCAGCCACUUAUCUUGUUUUCAGCUGAAUGUGGUGUUCUGCCACCAAAAAAAAAAAAAACAAACAGUUUUUCAUCUGAUGACUUGAUUGACUGCCUGCCGCCACUUUGUCGUGGCGCCUCUUUUAAACUGCGUGGGCCUCACGGCUCCCCUGACAAUCUGCACCAUACAGCGUAACAUGCCAGAAACGUGCACUUUAGCAACUCAAGACGUUUGGAUUCCCAGCUCCGUUUUGCUGUUUGAUUUAUUUUUAUUUAUUUUUUACACCUAUACUUUUUCUUUAAACCAACUGUCAUUUUAUAUCUGGGUGUCGUUGCGAAGGAAACAGGGGGGGGGGCUCGACUAAAAGCGAGUAUUUCUAGGGAUUGUGCAUCUUAGAGGGCACUUCUCUAAACUUCCUAUCUAUCCAAAGGUGUGAAGGUGCUCAGUUGAAAUUAUUCCUCCUUAAUAGAUGUAAAACUCUGCAGCGUGUGUGCGGGACCAAACUGUAAGCAACCUCUGCCCCUUUUAAGCCCUGAACAGGAAGAGCAUGUAGGAAAGGGUCCAGGAGCAGAUCUCUAGCGACGGCAAAGCACCAAGGGUACAUUCCCAGCCUGCGCUAAAAGCUCAGCCCCGUAAAGAUAAACUUGACAACGAAGGGCUCUGCUGUAUGCUCUGGAGAUUUUAAGGUCAUGUAGCUAAAGAAGGCGUCUUCAAUAUGUCCCCACGUAAUCUGCGGCUACAGCUUCUUAAAGCCCAGCCGUCUUUAGUGCACUGUGAAAGCAGCUUGUGAGGCCGAUGGAGAUCCUCGCUGAGCCCGUGUGUCAGAACAAAC